AUGAGUUAUGGACUUGCCUUAAUCGUAUUGGGUUUGUUCCAAAUAUUAAUAGAUGAUGGUAGUAUAAAAAAUUCAGAUUUGAUUGAGCUGAAAUUUGAAGUUGAAGAACGCAGCUCAUCCAAAACAUUGACUAAAUUGUACUACUAUUACUUAGCGCAUCCUCUUCUCUCACCAAUCCAUCAUAUUGAACAUAGAUUAAAAACUUUGAUUACAUGGGAACACUAUCAGAAAAAUGAGCUAGUAGCACUGAUAGACGACACAUUAGAAGGGAAGUAUGAUGUAGAGGAGGCUUGCAAGUUUCUGAAGGUCGGUCUGCUUUGUACCCAAGAUGCUCCGAAGCUGCGACCAUCCAUGUCUACUGUGGUGAAGAUGCUAACAGGCGUAGUAAGUAUCGAUGAAAUGAAGAUAACAGCACCAGGUUUAAUCUCUGAUCUUUCGGAACUAGUUGUUCGAAAUCCCCGAGAUCCUAAAACUGUGUUUACUGACAGUUCAGACAGCAUGAACAACUCGACGUUUUCAUCAGGUGCAUCAACUAGUGCCACAUUGACAUUCACAGCCGUUUACGAAAGGAGUAUUUAA